AUGUGGUGGCUUCGCUCUAGGCAUUUAAGGCCAGGCGCCUACCUCGAACAAGCAGAGCAGUCGAUGGUACCGAAGUCCGAAGAUGGAAGUACUGACGGCACAAUAUUUGAAGAAUGGGGAAAUGUGUUCCUACAAGCGGGCGACGCUUUUGGAAAAACCCUAAGGAUCGUCGAUGAAGCGAAAGCGAAAAUGAUCGCGGCCGGGUUUGUAGAUGUUGCUGAGCGUCGUUUCAAAGUUCCCAUCGGGCCGUGGGCCAAGGACCCGCAUUUAAAAGAGCUGGGCCGGUAUAACAGGCUGCACUGGGAGGAAGGAAUUGAGGGUGGAGCCGCGUAG